AUGGCCGACAUGGCCGACACGGCCGACACGGCCGACACGGCUGACAUGACCGACACGGGGAACGCAAACAACGCAGGCGAUACAGGCGACACGGCGGCGGCGUCGGCGGCUCAGAGCGGACAGAGCGAGAGCGAGUCACGGGCACUGUGGUCAUCGAUCUGGUCGUUCUUCUCGGCAUCGUCGCGCGAGCCGCCGCCGCCGCCGUCGUUCAUGGCCACGGUGCUGAGCCUCAAGCCGACGGUGGAGGCGGUGCCCGAGGUGGCCGGCGGACGCGAGCCGUGGCUGAGAUGCAUGCAGGUCUCGCUGUGGGACAACGUGUGCGGGCCGCGGCUGCUGCAUGUGUGGGAAGGAGCGGCGCCGCUGGACGAGAACGAGGGCAACUCGCUGGCGCAGCAGAUUCUCAAGGACGAGAUCUGUCGCGAGCUGGACGAUGCGUCGCUGGAGCCCAAGUUCCACGUUCUCCCGGAGAUGGACGCUGUGGUGGCGAGCGUGGUCUUUGCCGGGAUGUUUGACGGCUCGCUCCAGCGGUUUGCCUUUUCGCUCGUGCUGAGCAUGGAAGCGCUUGACCGCUUUCUUGUCCUGUAUCAGGUGGUGACCUCGCGGAUGCUGCACAUGGUGGAGAAGCUUGUUGCGCUCCUCAAGCGGAUGGCGAGCGAGGCGAUGGCCAUAUUCUCGACGUUUGUCCCGCCGUUUGUGGCCACGCUCGCAGCGCUCUACUCCGCUGCGCUGCCUGAGGAGCUCUCGUUUGAAGCGUCGCUGUUUGGGGCGUCACACCUUGCGACCGAGUUUGACCACUCGUUCCUGGCGGCGUGCAUCGGGGCGCACCUUCAGAACCACGGGUGCACGGUUGUGGCCGGGCCGGACGUGCAGACGGUCAACGCGUUUCUGGCCACGCUCGCGCUCUUCAUUUCGCCGCAGGAGCGGCUCCGGGCGGCACUUGUCCGGCGUGGCGGCGAUUGCGGUGAGCUGGGCACGGCGGGCUCGCACUAUGUCCCGGACCUGUACCUGCAGGGCUUAGUGGUGGAGGCGGCCGGCGACGACGGUGCCGGGGCCGGGGCCGGGGCCGGAGGCGGAGCGAGCGGCGAAGGAAGUGAGGGCGAUGGCGAGGGCUGGAGCGAGCCGGCGAGCAUUGGAUCGGCGGCCGGGCGAGCCGUGGCGCUCGACGACGAGGUCGUCAUCCACUCGCUUCUGCCGACGACGCUCAUUGACCUCGAGUCGCUUCGAUUGUACCAGACUCACUCGUACAACGAGUACGCGGUGCUCCGCGACGAGUACAUGGAGUCUGAACUCGCGCUUCUGUUUGGCAUGGACGCGGAGAAUCGCUGGUCUGCGUCUGACGGGCUGUUCAGGCCGAUCAAAGAGGCGUCGGCACUGAUUGAGGCGCUCGUGGUGGACGUGCUGCGGCUACCUGUUCCGCUACGCGCGGCGCGGAUCGGCGAGGGGAUGCGGACGCUGACACGGCGGGCGCUGCUGCUCAUCAAGUGCGUGGAAGCCGAGCUAGAGGUGAGCGCUUCGCUCUCCAAGGAUACGGUCAAGAAGCUGCGUGGCGAUGUGGGCCUCGGGAGCAAGACAGACUUGGACGUUCUUCUCGGCGUUGCGGAGCGGUUCCGGCCUGGGACGUACAAGGAUGUGCUGGGCGAUCCUGCGUUUGUGGAGGACCAGCUGAAGCUGUUACUGGAGUCGUUUUUGUAA